CGCGUCCGAGCCGGGUCCGAGCCGCGUCCCCUCUCUCCCGCGCAGCUUCGACCUGGAGAAUGGCCUGUCGGGCCGGGGCGCGCUGGAGCUGCAGGCCGGCCCGGGCUCGGCGCUGGUGCUGCAGGGCAGCUGCGCCCACGGCCAGCGCCGCGAGUCCUUCCUCUACCGCUCCGACAGCGACUACGACCUGUCCCCGAAAGCCAUGUCCCGCAACUCCUCCAUCGCCAGCGACCUGCAUGGGGAAGACAUGAUCGUCACGCCGUUCGCCCAGGUCCUGGCCAGCCUUCGCACCAUCCGCAGCAACUUCGCCGUGCUGACGCACCUCCAGGACCGCGCCGGCACCAAGCGAGCGUCAAGCAGCAGCCUGCCCUCCGUGAGCAAGGCCAGCCUCUCCGAGGAUGCCGCCCAGAAGCUCUCCGUGGAGACGCUGGAGGAGCUGGACUGGUGCUUGGACCAGCUGGAAACGCUGCAGACGAGGCACUCGGUCAGCGAGAUGGCCUCCAACAAGUUUAAGCGGAUGCUGAACAGGGAGCUGACGCACCUCUCGGAGACCAGCCGCUCGGGGAACCAGGUGUCCGAGUACAUCUCCAGCACCUUCCUGGACAAGCAGCAUGAGGUGGAGAUCCCCGCGCCCCUGCCCAAGGACAAGGACAAGGAGCGGAAGAAGCGCCCCAUGUCGCAGAUCAGCGGCGUGAAGAAGCUCACGCACGGCUCCAGCCUCGCGGCCGCCGGCAUCCCCCGCUUCGGGGUCCGCACGGCCCAGGAGGGGCUGCUGGCCAAGGAGCUGGAGGACACCAACAAGUGGGGCCUCGACGUGUUCAAGAUCGCCGAGUACUCGGGCAACCGCCCGCUCACGGUCAUCAUGUACAGCAUCUUCCAGGAGCGCGACCUGAUGAAGACCUUCCGCAUCCCGGCCGACACCUUCAUCACCUACAUGAUGACGCUGGAGGACCACUACCACGCCGACGUGGCCUACCACAACAGCACCCACGCCGCCGACGUGGCCCAGUCCACGCAUGUCCUCCUCUCCACGCCGGCGCUGGAGGCCGUCUUCACGGACCUGGAGAUCAUGGCUGCCAUCUUCGCCAGUGCCAUCCACGACGUUGAUCACCCUGGUGUCUCCAACCAGUUCCUCAUCAACACCAACUCGGAGCUGGCGCUGAUGUACAACGACUCCUCGGUGCUGGAGAACCACCACCUGGCCGUGGGCUUCAAGCUGCUCCAGGAGGAGAACUGCGACAUCUUCCAAAACCUCAGCAAGAAGCAGAGGCAGUCACUCCGCAAAAUGGCCAUUGACAUGGUGCUGGCCACGGACAUGUCCAAGCACAUGAACCUGCUGGCAGAUUUGAAAACCAUGGUGGAGACGAAGAAGGUGACCAGCCUGGGCGUCCUGCUGCUGGACAACUACUCUGACCGGAUCCAGGUCCUGCAGAACAUGGUGCACUGCGCCGACCUCAGCAACCCCACCAAGCCGCUGGAGCUGUACCGCCAAUGGACCGACCGCAUCAUGGUGGAGUUCUUCCGCCAGGGCGACCGGGAGCGGGAGAAGGGCAUGGAGAUCAGCCCCAUGUGCGACAAGCACAACGCCUCCGUGGAGAAGUCCCAGGUGGGCUUCAUCGACUUCAUCGCCCACCCGCUGUGGGAGACCUGGGCCGACCUGGUGCACCCCGACGCCCAGGAGAUCCUGGACACGCUGGAGGACAACCGGGAGUGGUACCAGAGCAUGAUCCCGCACAGCCCGUCCCCGCCGCCCGAGGAGCACGGUGCCGCCCCGGCCGCCGGCCCCGACAAGUUCCAGUUCGAGCCGACGCUGGAGGAGGAGGGCGAGUCGGACGCGGAGCCGGACGGGGCCGAGAGCCCCCUGGACGAGGACUACAGCGGCUCCAAGACGCCGGCCAUGGACGACUCGGAGUCGGCCGAGGCCGAGCGCCUCUCGCCCGGCUCCGGGGAGCGGGACUCGCGCCUCGGGGACGUGGACAACAGGCGGGCGCUGGAGAGGACGCUGGCGAAGGACGUCGGCGCCGGGCGCCCCGAGGGCAGCCAGGGGAGCCGGGAGCUGUGCCUGGACACGGAGGGGAACGUCACAUUCCUGCCGCUGGGCACGUAGCCGCCCGGACCCGUCCCACUGCCACCGCGGGAGACGCACGGGGACUGCACCACCCCUGCCGCAGCCGCCAGAGGGGCCGGGGCGGCCGUCGGGACAUGUCCGGACCCCGAAGCCACGUCACCACCACGGUGGGCUCUGCUUGCGGCGUUGUCCCCACACGGAUGGGCAGGUACCGAUGGGCACGAGGACGCUGUUGGCCCUCUCCCCGCAACGACCGUCCCCCCGAGCCCACCCCGCGCCCCCCCAGCGCCUCGUCCCGCAGGAACAGGCCCAUGCAGAAGCGUUUCGGUGGCCUCUCACCACAUGCCAGCGGAGGGGUGAGAACAGGCACGAGGGACCCCGGGUCGGGGCACGCCGGGUCCGGCCGGGCGCCGGGGCAGGACACGGGGCUGCUUUGGCACUAGCCGGUGGUUUAUUUAUUUGGGGACAGGUUCACUUUUUAAAGCCAUUUUGUAGCUCACUUUUUAAUACAAGCCUCACCUAGGUGCACUCACACGUGUUUCCGUGGCAGAAACCGGUCUGGCUGCGAUCGGCACUCGAAAUGCUGCAUUUACACUUUGCACUUUGGGCCCCGUGCGUCCGCGGGGGCCGGGGCAGCCCCUCUCUGGGGUCGUUUCGGGUUCUUCCUUCACCCUCCAGAUAUUAAACCUGGUUUGUUCCCUGGAAA